ACAACCUUCUGUCUUAAUGGUUUUGAAAUUGAACAAUUUGUUUGACAAUUUAUCUGAUAUCAAAUUACCCACCGAAUGUUCAUUAAAAGAUUGCUGAUAAGCUAAUCAAAGAACGACAAAGAGGAAUUCUCCUAUUGGAAUUUAUAUCGAAAUCAGAUCGUAUACUGUGCCAAAUUAGUUCCCGUUAGAGGUGAUAUUACGAGAUCUAUUGUUUUUUUAUGGUGCUGAUAUGGAUGAUUUUAUGGUUUAAGUUGUGUAUUGAAGACACCCAGGUAUCAUAACACAGGUUUCACGGAUAUCGAAUGUUGUGCCUGGAAUGAAAUAUCUGUGUGACGUUCUUUGAAAUAUUGAACAAUUAUGAUAUAUUCCCUGCCAGCCGCCAUGAAGGAGCAGACCUAUGGCUGGUAUCCUUCUCAGAAGGAUGUUUACAAGGAUCGCAGGAUGGGCGCUCCCAAUGCCUACCAAUUAGAAGCCAUGUACAAGUACAGGGACAGUCAAUAUUACACAGCACCACGACCACCUAGUCCUCGCACCCCCGGGGCUUUUCGACCCUCACCAUCUCCUGCAAAGCGUCCUAUGUCCACUGCAUCGUCACAGUCCAGGGCUACAAAGAAAUCCACUCCUUCUCUGCAAGUCCGGGCCAAGAGCGCCCCGAUUUACGACUUCAAACCCGUGCCACGCCUUCAGAUUCCCACACCCCACCAGUGCUGGGCCAUGGCAACGGAAGAAACAAACUACACAAACUACACACCCCAGCCACCUGUCUCCCCCGUACCCUACUCCUGGCCCACCCCACAGCCAGCCUCACCCUCGCCGUCCUUCAAGUCAGAUGACCUAAGCAAGUACAGCUCUCGUAGCGACAGAAUCAAAAGUGCUGUCAUCAGGCGGGAUAAACCUACCGCACCACAACGUCCGGUCAAAUCGGCGGGCCCCUCCCGUGACGCCACCUAUAGGACCCCGUCCCCCAAUAAGAUCCUCCGACCGAAGACCCCGUCCCCUGUAGACCUGUAUGACCUAGUGCCGGAGGAGGAAGAGGAGAUCAAACCUUCAGAAGAGCUAUAUGACGAAAACCUUAAAAAGUUUGGUUGGAGAAUGGAGGUCCACGGGGAUCCUUAUAAAAUAAAACCGACCACCCAGAGGCUGCCGUACUAUGUACGCUGUGAUGAACCGGAAAUAGAACCUGAGGGUCCCAAGGUCCAUAUGGAGAAUCUGGAGACCUUCUUCCUGAACACGAUUCCUCGCAGACCGGCGACAUUCGCCAUCCACAAAGAGUGGGUGUCCGAAACCAUCCACGCCAAGCGCAUGGAACUGCAGAAGAGGGAGGGGAUCAAACAUCGAUGGAAAAAUUUCGCUUUCGUUUAUUAACAACAUUUACUGCUUUAAUUUUUAUAUACCUCAACCACUAAAAUGACAUUUUAUCAAUCUGCGAAAAAAAAUAAAUCUUCCAAUUUCGGAAAGCGAGGAAUUCUGAACGGGGAAGGAAACAGGAGCGGAUCUAAGUGUCCUCCUGCUCUGGCCCUUGUUCGGCCCGAGAGAUUCAGAUUUUAAUUUUCGGGUUUUAUAAUUUUUAUUAUUUUGUUGUGGACAAUUAGAAAUAGACAGGGUGACAAAGAGAAGAUUUAUGCACAGGGUUUCGAGCUCGAAUCACUGCCUGGCAUUGCUCUUCAUCAUUACGACUGUGAUUGGCUACACUAUGUGUAGUAACCUCUAAAACAUUGACGUCUUUCAUAGAUACUAGUAUUUAACCAUUUGAAAUGAUUUCUUUUUAGAACUUUUUUUUCUUUCAAAAAAAUAUUAAUCAUAUUUGUUAUAGCUUUAUUAUUUGAUUUUCAUAUUGGUGUGUACAUGUGCGUCUAUUUUCUAUUCAUGACAUAUAUGUAGACCUUUCUCUAU